UAGAAAGAAAAAAUGACGUAUAAAAUGAAUAAAAUAAGUUUGUGUCUAAUAACCCUAACUUUGUGCAUUCUGAUAUUCCUCACAUCCGCUCAAAAUUUACGUUCGAAUCGUAAAAAAUCACGAAGUAAUUUGCAAAAAGAUUCAAUUCUAAAUUAUGAAACAAACAACGAUAAAAAUGAUGGAUAUUCAAUAGAAAAAGAAAAACAAAGAAGACCGGACGCGUUGAAAAAAAGGCGAAAGGGAAGUCAUCAAAGAAAUGACUAUGAUUUGCGACAGUUACCAGACAGUACACAUCCGUUUCAACGCUUUGUUGAAUCUUCGCCGAAUGGUGGAUUAUUUCCAAAACCAUUUAAUGUCGCAAUAAAAGCUAAAAUUACAGCAAAUGCAACAUGUGGUAGUAAAAUUGAAGAAUUUUGUCGAUUAGCUGAUAUUUAUUCACCAAGACAACAAUCAAUGUGUGAAUUUUGCGAUUCUUCAGAUCCUGAUUUAAGUCAUCCGAUAACGCAUGCAAUUGAUGGUUCACAUUCAUUUUGGCAAAGCCCAUCAUUAGCUGUGGACAAUGAAUAUGAAUUUGUUACAAUCGACAUUGAUUUGGGGCAGAUUUUUGAAAUUUACUCAUUUAAAAUAAAAUCAGCUGAAUCACCACUUCCAAAGGCGUGGAUUCUAGAAAAAUCAAUAGAUGGAAAAAUUUAUGAGCCUUGGCAGUAUUUUGCAAUUAACAAUGAAGAAUGCAUGACACGUUACGGUCUACCUGGUCGUAAUAGCAAUUAUACAUUGCAGAAUAAUCUUGAAAUCACAUGUACAAGUCAAUAUUCAGAAUCAGUUCGACUUAAAUAUGGAGAAGCGAAAUUUGUCGUUAUGGCGCAGAGAAAUUUUGAUACUGUCACACCUGAACUUCAAAACUUUUCUUUGGCUCAAUAUAUUCGAGUGAAAUUUCAAGGACUAAUUAAAAACUUAACAGAAAUUGAAAGCGAUCGUAUACCAAAAUGGUUACCAGAGGAGGAUGAUUUGAAAAAACGGAGCUACUAUUCAGUUCAAUCAAUAAUGAUAGUAGGUCGAUGUUACUGUUUUGGACAUGCUGCAAAAUGCCGGGAAAAUCAAGAUGAAGUUAAUGAUGAUGCAAACAAAUUGCCACAAUGUGAAUGUAUGCAUAAUACUUGCGGUAAAAAUUGUGAUAAGUGUUGUCCAUUAUUCAAUCAACGAGAGUUUCGUGCAGGAACACCACAGAAGGAAAAUAAAUGUGAGAAAUGUCAAUGCCAUGGACAUGCAAGUUCAUGCGAAUAUAAUGCUGAUAUUGAUGAGAGAAAUUUAAGUCAGAAUGUAAAAGGAAAGAUGAUCGGUGGUGGUGUUUGCGUUAAUUGCACAAAAUUUACUACCGGAAUAAAUUGCGAAAAAUGCUUGACUGGCUAUUAUCGUCCAUAUGAUCGAGAACCAGAUCAUGAUAUUCCGUGCGUACCUUGUGACUGUAGUGUAAAAGGAUCAAUCGGAACUUGUAAUCCAUUUGGAGGCGAAUGUAUUUGCAAGGCUGGUUUUAGUGGACCAAAAUGUAAUAAUUGUGCGAUUGGGUACGGGGGAAGCAAUUGUGAAAAAUGUUCAUGCGAUGUACGAGGCACAAUUCCUAGUGAAGAAUGUGAAGAAACUUGCCAUUGUAAAGCACACGUCAUAGGAGAUAAAUGUGAUACAUGUAUGAAAGGAUAUUUUGGAUUAACAUAUGAAAAUCCUGAUGGCUGUCUAAAAUGUUAUUGCUCUGGCAUUGAUACAACAUGUGAAAGUUAUCAUGUCGAAAGAAAUUUUAUUGAAACCCUCGAGGGAUGGAUGGUUACUGAUUUAUCAAAAACACAAAUUGCAUAUCCAGUCCGAGAUAAUGAUACUGGAUUCUAUGUAUUUGGAAUGUAUGAGUUGGCAGAUGUUGAAGCUGUCUAUUGGUCAGCUCCACAUGUUUAUCUUGGUAAUCGAUUAGAAAAUUAUGGCUCACAUUUUGUCUUUCAAAUUGACUAUGUUAUUGUUCGAGGUGAUACUAGUGGAAAGCCAACAAAUGGACCUAAUUUCAUAAUGAUUGGAAAAAAUGGAAUGAAAAUAGCUUAUGGUGAUGGAUUUUUCUCAAAUUCCAAUGCAAGUGUUAUUGUUCCAUUAAAAGAAAAAAAUUGGUAUCACGUUCCAAAAAAUGUAAAAGAUAUAAUAACUAGACUAAGAAGAACUGACUAUCGAGGUGAUCCAGUCACAAGGACUCAAUUUAUUUCUGUCAUUACUGAUGUUGAGAGUAUAUUGAUUCGUGGAACUUAUCAUACUGAUCAAGCUGAAGCUAUUUUAAAACGCGCAACUUUAUAUUCUGGUGAUUUAAUGACAUCAAAUGAAGUUGUUGAAACAAAAGAAGCCACUGACAUUAGUAUUGUUGAAAAAUGCAACUGUCCUCUUGGCUAUGAUGGAUUGUCGUGUGAAAAAUGUAUGUUUGGUCACAUUUCAAUUUUUGAAAACACCACAACUCAUGAAAGAGUCCAAAAAUGCCUUCCUUGUAAUUGCAAUGGACAUUCGGAAACAUGUGAUAUGGUGAAUAUGAAGUGUGGUGAAUGUCUGCAUCAUACAGCUGGAGAAAGCUGUGAGAGAUGUGAGGUGGGAUUUUAUGGCGAUGCAACAAGAGGAACUGUAAAUGAUUGUAAAAAAUGUAAAUGUCCUUUAAGUGAAGAAUCAAAUAACUUUAGUGAUAUGUGCCAAAUGAAUGGGAAUAGUGAUACAUAUAUAUGUUUAAAUUGUCCAAUCGGUCAUAUUGGUGAUCAUUGUGAAAAAUGUCAAGAUGGAUAUUAUGGUGAUCCAAUGAAAAUGGGCUCUAAAUGUCAAGCAUGUGAAUGUAAUGGAGAUCCAUGUGAUCCUAUUACUGGAAAGUGUAUAAAAUGUGAGAGAAAUACAGAAGGUUGGCGUUGUGAAAAAUGCAAAAAAGGAUUUUAUGGAAAUCCAGAAAUUGGAUGUGAUAUUUGUGAAUGUUCUGACCAUGGUUCAGUGAAUAAUAUUUGUGAUUCAGUCACUGGAAAAUGUACAUGCCAACCAAAUUUCACUGGAAAAUUAUGCAAUCAAUGUGAUGUUGGAUACACCAAUGUGUCUCUUAAAUGCACGCCAUGUGAUUGUAAUCUAAAUGGCUCAAAAAAUCAAAAUUGUGACACGAAUAGUGGUCAAUGUGAAUGCAAAAUUAAUGUCCAUGGUCAAAAAUGUGAUGAAUGUGACGAAUAUUUCUUUGGAUUAAAUUUCGAUGGAUGUGAAGGUUGUAAUUGUCAUGUCAGCGGAUCUGAAGAUCGAGUAUGUAAUUCAAAAACUGGUCAAUGUAAAUGUCGUCUACAUGUCGUUGGAAGAACAUGCGAUCGUUGUGAAAACGGAUAUUGGAAUCUAGAUUCAAAGAAAGGAUGUGAAGAAUGUUUGUGCAAUGUUGAUGGAAGUGAACAUAAUAUAUGUGACAUUCAUACUGGCCAAUGUGCUUGUAAAAAUGGGAUUGAAGGUGCAAAAUGUGAUAAAUGUAAAAAUGGCUAUUACGGAUUUUCUGCAAAUGGAUGUAAAAAAUGCAACACUUGCGAUAGUUCUUCAAAAAUUUGUGACCAAGAAACAGGUCGCUGCGUAUGUCCACCAUUAAGUCAUGGAAAUGAAUGUCAACAUUGUCAUCCAAAUACUUGGGGUCUUGUAACUUUAAAAGGAUGUAAAAAUUGUGAAUGCACAUCUAUCGGUUCAAUAAAACAGUCAUGUGAUGUUCUUACUGGACAAUGUGAAUGUAAAGAAGGCUACUCUGGACAAAAUUGUGAAUAUUGUGCUAAAGGUUAUUAUGGCUAUCCAAAUUGUCAAAAAUGUAAUUGUGACAUUAGAGGCUCAAAAUAUUACAGUUAUGGAAAAAUAACUGAAUGUGAUGAGAACGGGCAGUGUCCAUGUAAGGAACUCGUCACUGGAUUAAAAUGUGAUGAAUGCCGUCAAUCAACAUUCGGAUUAUCGCAAUACAACCCAAAUGGAUGUACCAGAUGCUUUUGUUUCGGUAGAUCUCAGCAGUGUUCUCAAAAUGAUUUAAUAUGGGGUCAAGUGAGACUUAUGGGACCAAGAAAAAUCUCCGUUCAAUAUAUCACUGAACAUCAAAGUCGUUAUAAUAGUGAAAUAGAAUACAUAGUUUUAUCUCAUAUGAAAAAUAAUCACAUUUAUCGAGAAAAUGCGGAGUUGUCAACAUUUAACGGCCUUUCUGUUUUACCUGGAUUAUCAGGAGACUUGACUAUUGGAUCCCGUCGUGCAUUUAAUAAACCAUUUUAUAUUGAAUUACCCAAAGAAUUUUGUGGUGAUAAAACCAGUAGCUAUGGAGGCUUUCUUAAUUUUUCCCUUACAAACUAUGAAUUCCGAUCUGUUUUGGAUCAUGAAUACUUGCAUUAUCCUUUGGUACAAAUGCAUACUCAUCAUCAUUUGACAUUAAAUUUCUAUCAAACUGUUGAGAUAAAAGAAGAAGGAAAUUCAUUUAGUAUAAUUUUACAUGAAACAUAUUGGAGACAUGCUACAAACGGGUACAACAUUAGUCGAGCGAUAAUGAUGACUGCAUUACAGAAUAUCAAACAUAUUUAUUUGCGAGUUACUAGUUCAUCAGACUUCAUCUCUGUCACGCUCCAAAAUUCAACGAUGAAUAUUGGACUGGUAAGAAAUGGAAAUAACAAUGCGGCAAUGGCAUCUGGAAUUGAAAAAUGUGUUUGUUCAGAGAUUUAUUCAGGUGACUCUUGUCAAGAUCCAGCUGAUGGAUAUUACAGAUGGCGGAAUGUAACAAUACCGACAAAUAUGCUGGAAGAUCUUGUUGGAAAGAUUAUUCCGUGUGAAUGUAAUGGAAGAAGUAGCACAUGUGAUAAAGAAACCGGCGAAUGUCUUGAUUGUCUAGACAAUACGGGAGGAUUUAAUUGCGAAAAAUGUGCAGAAGGGUUUUAUGGUCAUCCAGAUCGUAGUGGAUGUAAAUCUUGUCCAUGUCCCGAAACCAAUAAAAAGUUUGCUAAAGGAUGCUUUGUUGAUCAACAAGGUGUAUCUUGUUUUUGCAAGGAAGGUUACACAGGUGCAUUAUGUGAUCGCUGUGCAAAAGGUUAUUUCGGUCAACCACAUGAACCAGAAGGAAAGUGCGAAAGCUGCGAUUGUAAUAUCGAAGGAAUAGUAUCAGAUAAAUGUGAUUAUUUGAAUGGACAAUGCAAUUGUAAAAAAGGUGUGACUGGAAGACGAUGCGAAAAAUGUGAACUUCCACGUCAUUUACUUGUUGAUUAUGAAUGUCAAUUAUGUGACAACUGCACUCAAACAUUACUUGAUAGUAUUGACGAAAUGAUGUAUAGUUUUAAUGUCAACUUAGAUGGAGUUGAUUUACAUAAAUUAAAAGCGCCAUGGUUCAAGCUUAAUGAGCUGACAAAUUUAACAAAUAUAUAUUCAAACACUUUUGAUGAUUUCUUCCAAGCUGUGGAUGCUGUUGACAAUUUUAAUGACAUUGCAACAGAUGAGCUUUUGCUCCAAUCAGAAAACUUACAAAAUAAAGCAAACAGAUUUAUCACAACAACUGACAAGAAAAUCAAGAAAAUUGAAGAAUUAAAAACGAAAUCUGAAGAUUUAAUUACUGAUGCUCGUGAUCAAUCAUCUUCUAUUCAAGAAUCAAUUAUAAAUUUAGAGAGUUAUGGAACAAGUGAUCAUCACAUUAAACUACCAAAUGCCUUAAAAGAAGCUAAAUUAUUUUUAGACGAAAUCGCAAAAAAAUCUCAAAAUGUUCCUAACACUGACCAGACCACCAAAUGUGCAAAUGAUAAUUUUGAUUUUUGGUCUGAGGAAUUAAAAAAUACUAAAGAACAAAAGGAUAAACUAGACAAGUUGAUAAAAGAUAAAGAGACUCUUCAGAAUCGAAUAAAUGAUUUCAAAAAUUUAACACAUCGAGUUUUUCGAGAUUCAUCAGAAACAGAAGCAUUUAUAACAAAAAAUAAAAACGAUUUUGAGAAGCUGAAAGAAAAAGCAGCACAACUUGAAACUCAGGCAUUAGAAGUAGAUAAACUUUUAAACGAAAAUGUUGUUGCUGCGUCGGCAUCGCGUUUAGAAUCAGUUAAUGACAAUUUGGACAAAGCAAAAAUUACCAAUGAUAACUUAUUGAAUAUGUAUGAUGAAGUCGAUAAAACACUUUCCGAACGUAACGACGAAAUAAAUUUAAUCAAAAACUCGCAACUAACUCAGGCACAAAGACAUGCUCAGGAUUUGUCAGAUCGUAGUAAAGUCAUUGUCAGUUUAUUUCAACAUAGUAAGGAUGGAGCACAAUUGGCUGUUCGAGCAGGAACAGCAUACAGUAAAAUUGCAGAAUCUAUAAAUGAAGCAAAUAAAGCUGCUAAUAAAGCUUACGAGGCUGCAGUUCAUAGUAAUCAACAGCUAAAUCCAGCAGAUCCAGAUGAAGAAACAAUGCUUGAAAAAGGAAAUGAUUUAGCACUGGAAUCUGUUGCAAUACAAGAGGAUGCUGAAAAACAAGUUGACAAAAUUAAAGAACUUAAAAAAUUUUUAAAUCAGCAACAAGAGCUAGUCAAAAAAAUGAGCAGUACAAUUCACAAUAGUGGUAAAUUGAACAAUGAAAUGUCAUCGCUCAUAACAAAGCUUUCUAAUAAUGAAGCAAGAAACAGUAUUCAAGAUUCAGCUAAUUUAAUCGACGAUGUUUUAGAAGAUAUAAAAAAUACUGAUACUGAUGUGAAUGAAAUAGGUGAUAAUGUAUCAAUCCUGAAAGAAAAAUUAGCUUUACUUGAUCCAGAAUGGGACAGUAAAUUUGGAUUAGCUGAAGAACAAGUCACUAAGACACUAAUUGAUAUUAGAGAAGCAAAUCGGACAUGGACUACUCAUGAAGACCGAAUUAAAAAGCAACAAGAACGAUUUGGUGCGUGGAAUGAUUCAAUUUCAACUAGACUUCAGGAAUUAAGGGAUAAAAUUACUAAGGCAAAACAUGCUGCAGAAAAUAUUCGAGUCUCACUAGAAUCAUCAGACGAUUCAUGUGUACGUUCCUUCUAUCCUCCAAUUACCGGUGUCUCUAUAUCAAAUCAAGUUGUAAUGACAUUUGCAUUAAACUCAAGAAAUAUAAAUUCACCAUUAAUAUUUGUGGAAGGCGAUGAUGGAAAAUUUUUAGCCCUUGAAAUGUUCAACAGAAAGAUUUAUUUCAUAUGGAAUUUAGGUGGUGAUAGUGGCACAAUUAUACAUCCAUUAGAAAUUCAAACACGCGAUCCAAAAUAUGACGAUGCAUGGUACAAGAUUGAAAUUUCACGUAACCUUAACCUUGGUAGCUUAAUUGUUAGUAGAAUGACAAAUAGUGGAACAUUUACACAAUCAACUCCUGUUAAUGGUGCAACAACUUUAAAUUUUACAAGAUUUUCAAUCUCAAAUCACAAUCGAAUUUAUAUCGGUGGGGUUCCUGACAAUUUAAGACCAAAAGAAAUGCAAAUGAAAAAUGGUCUUUCAGUCAUUAUUCAUCAAAUUUUCAUUGACGAUAAGCAAAUUGGUUUAUGGCAUUUUGCUUCAUCUGAAGGAAAGUGUGAAGGAGCAAUGUUAGGCGCCACGGAAUCAUCUGAUAAUUCAAAUUCACGUUAUUUUAAUGGAAACGGAUAUUCUGUUGUUUAUAGAGUGAAUUCACGACCACCACGAUGGGAUAUUUUUUCAUUACAAAUGACAUUCCGAACAAUGGAUGAAAAUGCCUUAUUAUUUUUAACAGUCGAUGAAACAAACAACCGUUCAAUUUCAUUGACAAUACAUGAGGGUAAAUUAGUAUUUAGAAUUGAUUAUGGUGAUGAGUCACUUUUAGAAAUCAAUACCACAAAUCGUUAUAAUACUGGCAAAUGGGUAAGUGUGGAAGCUGCAAGACAGUUUACAAAAGCUGGAAAUACAGAAAAUGGAAUGUUAAAAGUAAAUAAUGAUGAUGAGCAUAGAGGAUCUCCAUCAAAACCAGUAAUAAGAGCAAUGCUCCCAAGUAUUUCAAAAGCACCAUUUUAUAUCGGUGGAGUUUCACCAGACUUUAAAUCUGGCACAACAAAGGCUCCUGGAGCUGAGAAUGGGUUCAUUGGUUGUAUGCGUGAUCUUCAAAUUAAUGGAGAAAUAUUUGAUCCACUAGAGAGUCAAAACUUUUAUGGAAUUGAGCCUACAUGUAAAGAAACAAUCAAUAAAGUUGGAUUUUAUGGAAGCGGAUAUUUGGAAAUGCCAUCACACUCGUUUAAGACUAAAGGAAACUUUGGAUUUGUUUUUCGAACUCUACAGACCGAUUGUUUAUUAUUAUUUUCUGGUUUUCCACCUCAAGCUGCUGAAGAUUUUGAUGGAAAAGAUGAACGUGGAAACUUUUCAAUUUCAUUGAUAAAUGGACAAAUUGUUUUCUGGGUUGAUGCAGGCAAAGGAAAGAUUGAGUUGAAAACAAAUUCAUCGUAUAAUGAUGGAGAGUUUCAUGUUAUUUAUGUGAACAAAAAUAGAAAGAAAUUUGAAUUACGUGUUGAUGAUAAGUUAGAAGCUUUCAAGAGUUUUCAAACACCAACACGUGUUAAUAGUCCCGAAGAAUAUGGAUUGUUUAUUGGAGGUGCACCCGAUUUUCCAGAGUUUGAUAAUGUAGUUCCUACAUUUAAUGGACUACGUGGCUCAAUUAGAGAUCUUGUAUUUAAUAAUAAAACCAUUUCAUUUGAUAUUGCCAUAAACUACAAAAGUGUGAAUUUUGGUGGCUAUGGUCCAAGCAUGGGAUUAAAUUCUGAACAAGAAAUUAAGACUGAACCAAUUGCAGCCAAAUUUAAGGAAGUCACAGAAGGAUGUCAACGUGUUGGCAGUUAUUCGUAUGAAUCAAAUGCAUUUAAAUUUGGAAAUUCUCCAUAUAGUUACUCAAUGAUACAAGUGCAUUCACGACCAAUAUGGCAUAGAAAUGUUAACAUACAAUUUGAUUAUCGAACAUUCUAUCCUGAUGGAUUUCUUUUUGCUGUUCCUGAUUCAAGAGAUAAACCAAAGCAUUAUCUAUACCUUUAUCUUAGAAAUGGUCAAAUAAAUCUAGUUCUUCGUGGUCGAAAACGAGAAGAAAUUUUAGUUCCAAUAAAAUCUAAUAAUGGUCAAUGGCAGCAUAUUGCUAUAGAUGUCAAAAAUCAUUUGCUUACAUUAACAGUAUCUGUUAAUGGAAAAAAUAAAAAUGAAGGUCUAAAAACCUUAAAAAUACCAAAGAAAUUUUUCGCUUCAAACUCUUUCUUUAUUGGUGGUCUACCAAUGAAUGCUCCAAAUUUACAUCGCGAAAUUAUUACUAAGAAGGAUGACUUUAAGGGAUGUAUCAGACGAUUUACUGUCAAUGGAAUCACACAAGAUCUUACAAAGUAUUUCCAUGGUUUGGGUCAAUGCUUCCCAAGAGUUGAAAAAGGAUCAUUUUUCUCAGGAGAUGCAUACGCAGAAUUUAAAAAUGAAUUCAAUGUCGGCAAGCAUCUAGAAAUUGAAAUGGAUUUCAAAACUUCAGAACUUAAUGGAAUUUUGUUAAGUAUAUCUGAACCAUCAGGCUCUCCAAGUCUCUCAAUCGAAAUUUCUGAUGGAAAUUUAAUUAUGUCAUGUGACUUUAACAAUGGCGAAGUAUUACGAGCUAAAGUCAAAUUGACUACAAAAUAUUCUAUCUGUGAUAAUAAAUGGCAUAAUAUUUCUGCCUUUUAUGAUACCCAUCAAAUAGCAUUAAGAAUUGAUGAUAAGGAAUCUGUAGUAGCAUCAAGUAAAAAUAUCGGAAAACUGCUGACGAAGUCACCUCUUUACAUUGGCGGGAUUCCAGAAUCAUCAACUUCUCGUUCAAUUUUAAUGCGAGAAAAUUUUAAAGGAUGCAUACGUAAUGUUAAGCUUAAUUCUGGCCAUAAUGGUUUAGAAAUAGUUGACUGGAUUGACAUGUAUAAACUCCACAAUGUACUUCUCAAUGAAUGUCCUCGGUAACAGUCUUCAGAGAUUUAUGUAAUAAAAGGCCCUCAUUAAUGUACAAAUUACUAAUUUAUGAUGAGAUUUAUUCAAUAAAUAAUUAAUUUAAAGAUUCAUCUAAUUUUCUAAAACAGCAAUGACAAAUUAUUUAUCAUAUUUAAAAUUAAUACUGAUUGAUGUGUUCAAAGAUAAAGUAUAUUAUAUGUAAAAAAUAAAUCCACUUAAUUUAUUAAAUGAUGUAAAGAAAAAUAACUUUGUAACAUAUUUGAUGCCAUAACAAGAAAAUUAUGUUAUUUAUUUUCUGCAAAAUAAAAAAUAUAGAAAAAC